GGAUCACUUAUUCAUGCUGAACUUGAAAUCAACUUUGGAAAAAUCACAGGUCAACCUUCCUGAGCCAAAGAGUCCAUCAUUAGCCCUGCUCGAUUUUGGCAAACACCUGAAAAACCUGAAAUUUGAAGUUGGGGAGAAGAUGAAGAACACCACGCUUGAAACAAUCGGCCCUCAAAAGACCACAAGGGAACGUAUACCGGUACGUCCUCAGCCCCUUGUCCUAGGAAACCCCCCCUUUGCCAAACUUCUUGCCGGUUCACUGGAAGCCCACAGGAAGAGCACUUCACCUUGGCCUAGAGCCAUCAAUAACAUUUGAAUAGAGAUGAGGUGUUUGGGUCCAGGUUUGUAAUCUGCCAUUAUUUAAUUUUUUUCCUGAAACUGUCCAUAUUUUGAAAGACGUGCAAAAACCCUGCCAGCUCAGUUGACAGUGAUACAAAGUUGAGAUGAUUAAAUGUUUAAAGUUUAAGAAGAAUGAUAUGUUGUUUGAUUUGUUUUUCUUUUAGAUCAUAGUGCAAUUUACAGCUUUAAAUUGAACUAAUUGUAGUGAGUAUUUCUAAGUAUAGGUCUGUAUAAAUGAUUUAUGAUGAUGAAAGCACUUCUUGAGCAUGUUCAACACACACUGGUGAGUCUGAGUCUGUGCUGAUACUGAACCUGAGUGGUAUUACAGCUGGAAUGCAUGCUAUGUUUUUUCUGCUGAUGAAAGAAUGGAGAGAAAAACAAACAGAGAGACCAAAUUAAAAGAGGAAACAGGCUGAGAAGAAAACACGGUAGAGGUAGAGGAGGAAAUUGAAGGGACUCGUGCCGCCUCUCCUUCCAGUCGCAUUCCUCUGCGUGUUUGACACGAUGAGCGUCUCUGCGGCCGUUUUUUCUCAGCGCUAAUGAAGGUUGGAGAUCACGGCUUGAUUGACACAACAUCUGCUCCAGUGUGGUCACGGGGGAAUUGUUUCCCCUCUCUGCAUUCACCGCGAUACAUUUCUAACUCCAUAAGCCUGUCUUUGGAGGAAGCUGGAGGAGAAAACGUGUCAUUAUGAGUGAUUACUCUGCCAUUAAUUUGAUUAGGCAAAGUGUAUUUUUCAGUUGACUUUUACAAUUUGACACACACUGAGGGUUUUUGUGUUUUAUUUGAGUGCAAAGGAGCAAUCGUGUGGUGGAUUUCACAGUGUAUAAUAAAAACACUUCUGGCGGUUUGAGUUAUUUGAAUC